AUGGCCAGGUCAGCAGGAACAGGGUAUUCCAGGCUGAUUAAUGAAAUCUAUGCCAGGCCCUUGAAAAGCUGGUUGAGGAAAGGCUGGGCGGAGGCGGACAGCCGGGCCAGGAGGGGGUGUGUCCGCUACUCCGGGGUCGGGCUCCGAGAGGCGAGGCCUCGAGUGGGUGGGGCCGGAUGUGCAGGCCCCGCCCGGCGCCAGGUUCCGGGCUCGGAUCACGGCAGCAUCCCCAGGCCGCUGCGGGUGCCGCUGCGGGCUGGCAGAGUCCGAGAGCGGCGCCGGGCUCUUUCGGGCCCACUACAGCCCCAACAGUCCUCAGGAAACCUCUGCCCACUGAGGAAAGGCCGCAAAAACCGUUCCGCUAGGAGGAGAGAAGAGCCGCAGGCCGAAGCCAGGCCUCGCAAGGGGCAGCCGCCGGCUUCUCGCGUUCGGCCUCGUCCACUCGGCCCGCGGAGAGCGCGGGGGGCUCUGGGAGCCGCAGCCACGCAUGCGCCGCCUGCCACCAAGCGCCGCGGGGCCCGCGCGAGGCGUCCUCGCGGGCGAGGGCUUGGGGGAGGGGGCCCGUGUGGAGGACUCUCGCGAGAGCGCGCUGCGCGGCGACUGGGCGCUGAGGGUCCUCCCGGAGCGGAGGGACACAGAGGGACUCUAGGGCACCUGCCAUCACGAACAGUAUGGGAGCGGGAGGCGAGUGCCGCUUCAGGCGGAGAAUCCAGGCGGGGGCGGGACCUCGCUGAGGCGGAGUCGCCGCUACCGAGGCCUGGCUGCCGGGGAAGGAGAGCACGGGAGCGCGGACUCGUGUGUCUGGCGGAGGGACACGGAGUUCCGGCGGAGGGAUCUGUGUUGUGUUUCUGGACCAGGGCCGCGGUCGGGGCUGGAGCGGUCACCAGAUUCUGUGGGACUUUCUUGCCCUGCCGGAGGCACACCUUGUGGCCUUUUUCUUUGCCGGCGGAGGGAUCUGUGCGUGGCUCCAGGUCUUUCCCGGCGCUGUCCCAGCUCAGUGGUUUCUUGUUGCCCCUGGCGUUGGGAAAGUAGAUGAGGUCGAGCUUGAGGAGAAGGCGGCAGAGGGGUCUCGGGGCCAGCGUUCCGCCAGCCAGGCCCCUGCUUGCUCUCUCAUGGUGCUGCCCCUGUCCCCGAUUUCAUAGACCGGCUUUCCCUCUCUUGAGCACCUACUAUGUGCCAGGCUGCGCUUUGCGCACUUGGCAGAGGCAACAGUGUCACCAGGGGGUGCUGGUUUCUCCCAAAGGGGCUUUUGUCUGUCCAUUGUUGCAGAGUUAGCGCAUGAGCCCAAGUGUGAGUGUCAGGCAGUUCACCCUUCAGUGGCCAUGGAAUUGGAGAAGUGGGAGCGUAGCUCGCAAAUCAAGCUCUCAGCUCUUGAAAACAGAAUUUACAGGUAAUAGGGAGUGUUGAUGAAAAGUAAAACUGAAAUAUUUGAAGAGAUUUAUUCUGGACCGAAUACGAGUGACUAUGGCCCGUGACACAGCCCUAAGGAGGUCUUGAGAACGUGUCAAAGGUGGUCGGGGUGCAACUUGGUUUUAUACGUUUUAGGGAUGCAUGAGACAUCAGUCAAAUACAUUGAAGAAAUACAGUGGUUUGGUCCAGGAAGGCAGGACAACUCAAAGGGGUGGGGGUCGGGGUGGGGGCUUCCAGGCUAUAGGUAAAUUUAAACAUUUUGUACUUGACAAUUGGUUGAGUUUGUCUAAAGAUCUGGGAUUGAUAGAAAGGAAACAUACAGGUUAAAAUAAAAGUGGAGACCUCUUUUGCAGUCUUAUGGUGGCUGCCUUUAGAGAUAAUAGGUGACAAAUGUUUCCUAUUCAGAUCUUCAAAAAGUGUUAGACUUUUAGUUAAUCUGUUUAGGAUUGGAAGGGCCUGGAAGAAAAAGAUCUAGCUAUGUUAAUAGAUGUUCUUUACAGAGGCACGUUUUCCCCCACUAAAGGAUAGGUUUUAGGGGAAAAUGCUGUCCUUUAUGGAAGAAAUUGCAAAAUAGGGCAAAGAAACAUGUUUUGGGGUAAAAUAUUUUGACUCUCUUUUUUGUCACGUAAUAUUAUGCCAGAGUCAGAUUGGAAAAUAAGUCAUCAUAUAGAGGGUUAAAUAAAACCAAUCUGAUGAGAAUUUAUGGUUUGUAGAGCAUGACUCCCCAGAUCCCUUAGAUAGGAAUUUGGGCAGGAUUUAAAAAAUCAGAGUUUAGGUCGGGCAUGGUGGCUCACGCCUGUAAUCCCAGCAUUUUGGGAGGCCAAGGCAGGUGGAUCACUUGAGGUCAGAAGUUCAAGACCAGCCUGGCCAACAUGGUGAAACCCCGUCUCUACUAAAAAUACAAAAAUUAGCUGGGCAUGGUGGUACACACCUGUGAUUCCAGCUGCUCGGGAGCCUGAGAUGUGAGAAUCGCCUGAACCCGGGAGGCAGAGGUUGCAGUGAGCCGAGAUAGUGCCACCACACUCCAGCUUGGGUGACAAAUUGAGACUGGGUCAAAAACAAAACAGAAAACAAAAAGCAUACAAAUCAGAGCUUAGUCUUAAGGUGUCCUUAAUGAAGGGGCUGGGCGUUAAGAGCAAGGCAAGGAGGCAAAAGGAACACUUGAGCCCGGGAAUUGGAGACCAGCUUGGGCAACAUGGCAAGACCCUGUCUCUAAAAAAAUAAAAAGAACAGGAGGAGGAAUAUUCAUGUUUUUUCUUGGUAAGGGAGGUAGAUUUUCCUGGAAUCAAGGAGCUGCCUCUUUUUUUGUCCUUUUUUGGUCUUUUCGGGUCAUGAUGGUGAUUGUCAACUGUCAUGGCGCCAAUGGGAAUGUCAUUUAGUACUGAAGUUGGAUGAGGAUGAAGCUAGAGGUUCUUGAGAGGUCGAGUAAGCUAAGAAGGAACCUAUGACCACAGACAUCCUGUUUUCUAAAAAUAAGCAGAGUUAAAUCCGAGUAGGCAUUUAGCUAUGUCAUGGAGGCAUUGCAUUGGGUAACAAAAGCCAGGUAGGCGUCCAGCUAAGUCCCCUAGGCCCCUGCAACGGGUAACAGCAGUACUGACUCUAUGUUAGAGAAAAGCUUGCUUGCUUGAGUAUAAUUAUUGUUUUGCCUGAGUUUGUAAAUUAUUCACUAAAAACAGUCACAGCAAAAACAGGACCUUCUUCAACAGAUAAAACACACAGACCAGCAGCUCUGGGAACAGGCUGAUGGUCCCUACACAAUCUAGUCACAAGGCGUUGACCAAGAAAGUAAUGAUUAACUGCCCAUCUGAGACUGUGCAUGAUUGACGAGAAUGUUUUUGUUUUGUUUUGUUUUUUGAGACAGUCUUGGUCCGUCGCCCAGCCUGCAGUGCAGUGAUCUUGGUUCACUGCAGCCUCUGCCUCCUGAGUAGCUGGGACUACAGGUGUGCGCCUCCGCACCUGGCUAAUUUUUGUAUUUUUAGUAGAGAUGGCAUUUCACUAUGUUGGCCAGGAUGGUCUCGAACUCCUGACCUCAAGUGAUCCACCCGCCUCAGCCUCCCAAAUUGCUGGGAUUACAGGCAGGAGCCACUGCCCCUAGCCCAUAAGAAUGUUUUGAUUAUUUCUCCUAAUUUUCCUUAAAAUUCCUGGAUCUAGAGGCACAACUGAAAAAGGUGGUCUUUGAACCCUAGUGCACUGCCUUUUGCAGGUUGCUGGUUUCUUGAAUAAAGCUAACUUUACUUUCACCAAAGCUUGUCUUUUGAGUUUUUAGCUUUCAGGCAAUGAGUGGCCUGGACACCAGUUCGGCUACAUGUAUGUCAGUGGGCAAAACAAAAAUCCUUAUUCUGGGAGGUAGAUAGCUUGUUAGAACACACAACCUAAUCACUUCUUUCCCAAAUGUUGAAAAUUGAGCCAAUUUUAGCCCCGGAAGCUUAGGGUACCAUGUACGUAACAGGCAUUAGCUGAGGGUGGGGCAGAGAGAAUCAGUGGGGCACCGCGUAUAUGCCAGGGGUUGUAUCAGCAUCCGUACCCAGCUCAUUUUUCUUUCUAAAUAAUACUGAGGACCUAUUUAAUGCCAGAUACGGUGGUAGGUAGGGAGCAAAAGCAGGAUUCCCCUCCCAUUAUUGAGUUUUCAGACUGGUGGGAGAGGCGGGAAUUAAGCAAGUAAUCCACCAACUGAUGUAUAAUUCUAAGGGAGAUGGGUGCCACCAAGAAGAAACAUGGUGCUGAGAACCUAUGUCUAUCAGAGGUAUUGAUCUAUUUGGGAGGUCUGGAAAGGUUUUUUUGAAGAAGCAGUGCUAGGGGUGAGAUCCAAAGGAGGAGUAAGAGCUAAUUAGGCAAAGCCUAGUCCUCACAAAAAUCCUAUAAACCAGAUGUGAUUGCCUCCAUUUCAGAGUUUAGGGCAUUGAGACUUCAGCAAGGUGAUGUCACUGCCCAAGGUUACAUCAGAUUAAGUGGUAACCCAGGAUUCAGAUUCAAAUAAGAGUGGGGUCCUUUACAUUCUCCUUGGGCUAUUUGGUAGUUUUAGGAGAGGCAAGUAUCACAACUUGGGGACACGAGGGAGCAGGAAUCACAAACUUGAAAGCUUGCAGAGCUCAGGCAGAUAACAUAGAGUGAAGUAAGGCAGAGUAUAACAAUAGGGAAUGGUGGGGAGUGUGGUGAGCUGCAGGCCACAUUUCCUAUAAAGGAAGCAGCCACUAGUUCCAGCCUCUUGUUGCCAUGCAGGAAUACAGACCAAGCCUUGCCAGAUCUUCUGAUAAUUAAUAUUAUUUUGAGAAGGAAUCUUUCUCUGUCACCUAGGCUAGAGUGCAGUGGUGCAAUCAUAGGUCACUGCAGUUGGGACUCCAGACAUGUGCCACUACCCGGCUAAUUUUUAUAUAUUUUUUUGCAGAGAUAGAGUCUGAAACUCCUGAGCUCAAGCGACCAGCCUGCCUUGACCUCCCUAAGUGGUGGGAUUACAGGAGUGAGCCCUUGCGCCCGGCCUAGAUCUUCUGAUUUCUAAAGAGAAGCUGGCAGUAUUUUUAGGCUGGUCUUGAACCUCUCGGCUCAAACAGUCCUCCUGCUUCAGCCUCCUGAGUAGCUGGGACUACAGGCUUAUGUCAUGCAUCUGGCAAAGAGCUCACAGCCUAGUGAAGAUGUGUGGGAGACAAUUACUGGAUUCAUCCAGGGCUGGCAUUUUUCCAGGUAGGUGAGAAAGUCAGACAUUGAUACAAAAGAUUAAAAUAUUGAAAAAGGAGCUAGGAUGAUUGUCAGCUGUUGCCAAAAAGAAAUCUUAGAAUUUAAGAUCUCAGAGAUGUGAGAUUUUUUGUUGGAUGGAUGACUUUAUGGUCUAGGGUGUGAUCAUGAGAGAAGAUGUUCAAAGAAGAGGGGAGGUCAAGGCCACUGAGUUGAGCGGGCAAAAGAUUUGAGAGGCAUAGAUAGUGAAUGGGGUGCUCAAAUGGAUACUAAAGUCACUUGGGAUAGUGGUAGUGCUUGGAACAGAGAAGAAAAUGAUACACCAUGAUAUUUAGUAAAAAAAAAAAAAAAAAAA